GAAUCGCCCCGCCCACUUCUACUACAGAAGCAGCAGGCGCGCCGCCGCUGUUUUGGUUGAAGAUCUGGAGCCGCCCAGGAAGUGGAGCAGAGGAGCAGAUAUAUAUGUCGCCACUCGCCGACUCCUCGGCCUCCUUUUAGACACCAUUUAGGCGGAAAAUAGCAGGCUUUAGCGGAGACCUAGCACUUCCUGUUGUCCCUCCGCCUGAAGGGAGUGUGAAUGGCGCGGAUUUAUCUCAUGUCGCCACACGUACAAGAAAGUGCUACAAGUGUAUUGGCGGACAACUUUCAGCAAUAGCGAGAAAAGUGUUCUUUUUUCAUUAAGUAACGGUACUUUUUGUCUUUUUUUAAAUUUCUUGAAACCUACCCGGAUCCUGUUAUCAUGACGCCUGACCUCCUAAACUUCAAGAAGGGAUGGAUGUCGAAACUCGAUGAAAGUGGAGAGUGGAAGAGGCACUGGUUCGUUUUGACUGACGCCGGACUGAAGUACUACAGGGACUCCAGUGCAGAGGAGAAAGAUGAACUGGAUGGUGAAAUUGAUUUAAAGUCCUGCGUGAAGGUGUCUGACUUUGACGUGGAGAAGAAUUACGGCUUUCAGAUACAGACGAGGGAUUCCUCGUUUACACUUUCCGCCAUGACCGCAGGAAUCAGGAGGAACUGGAUUGAGGUUUUGAAGAAGUGCAUCCGGCCCAGUAGCACCCCAGACCUCACACAGCUGCCUGAUAGCGGCAGCGACAAAGAAAACUCCCACACGCGCUUCCAGCCAACUCCCUGGCGACCGCCAUCGCACCAUGCCAAUGUCCCGUCAGAAGUUUCCCCUAUCCACUACGUGGAGCUGUCCCUGGUCCCCGCCUCCUCCAGCCUGCUUUCUGCCAAUCAGAGACAGACGGGGGAGUGCCCGCGGAGAGAGCAGGGCCAGUGGCAGGAGGAGAAGGCCCGGGACACCACCAGCAGCCAGUGGGAGGCGGUGCUGUCUCGGAAGGGCACCGGCAGAGGAGUCAACUCGCGACUGCGCAUGGAGGACGAGAUCGAGAAGAAGUGGGCGGAGUUUGAGCGAAUGCCUUUGAAGGAGAACCCGACGGCGGGGUCUCGGCCUUCCGGCCAGCUGGCCAAUGAGGCGCUGCAUAGGGAGGUGGCGUCACUGAGGCAGCAGCUUGAGCAACUACAACGGGGAGGGGGAGGGGGGAAGGGAGCGCGCGCCGCAUGCGGCACCGACGCCCCCUGCAGCCGCAGCCUGGCCGCUCUGGAGCGUGCUCAUCGGCAAGCCAUGCAGGAGCUGCAGAGGCAGCAUGAGCGCCAGAUGACGGCGUUAGAAACGGAGAAGAAGAUGCUGCUGCUGGAGGAGGUUCAGGACACGGCACGGGUGAUGGAGGCACUGAGGAAGAAACACAAAGAAGAGCUGGAGAGCGAGGUGGAAAAGGUCAAGAGGCUAAGCAGUGGGGACCCAAAGUCUUUACGAGACCAACAACAGGUAGAGAGUCAGGCCUUGCAGAGAGAGCUGGCCGGACUAUCAGAGCGCUACUCUCAGAAGUGUCUGGAGCUAAACCGGGCUGAACAGAACAACGCUGAAAGAGAGCAGGAACUCAGACAAAAGGAGAGCAAUCUGGAGCAGCUCAGGAAAGAGAACCAAAACUUAAAGGAGCGCUUGGCAGAGGAGAUCUGCCGCAUACGAUACAACACAGAUCUGGAUUCAAAAGACAACCGAGAUGGGACAUCCUGUGAAUUAGAGGUCCUGCUCAGAGUCAAAGAAAACGAGAUUGAGUACUUGUAUAAGGAGAUCAGCUGUCUAAGGAAUGAACUGGAGUUCCUCAACACGGAGAAGUGUCGGGCCGGUGCACGAUACGCGGAGGUGAACGAGGAGCUGAGCGGGAUAAAAGGGCGGAGCGAUCGCGAGAUCCAGAAUCUAAAGGAGCACUUGAGGCUGGCCAUGGCCGCUCUGCAGGAGGGCCAGAGGCUGGGGAACAGCAUGGACCACUGACUCCUUUUAAAGGAUAGGAGUGAUGCUCGGGGCAGGGCAAGUCAACAACGAGCCUCCAUGGUGGUGCCCCCCAGGUGUGCCUGCUCCAAAUGUGACUGAAAGGAGAGAGAUAGUUCUAGUGCCUUUUGUUUCAAUGCUGGUGCCAAUGGUAACCUGACCUUUUUACACUGGACCACGUGUUUUAUAAACUGCACUUUUCCUUCCUCAUUCGUGCUCCAGGCUCCCGUCAGUGCGCCUUUUUAAAAAAAAAAAAACUGGAGUAUUCGUCAACCUUCCUCAUUCAUACUCCUGGCUCCCAUGAGUGCGCCUUUUUUUUUAUUUUUAACUGGAGUUUUUGUCAACUGUCGUCCUAGUUUUAGGCAUUUCAGGUUCUUCUCGAACAGCUUUUACGACAGAUUUUUUGUGUGUCUUUUAGAACGAAAUCAAGCUAAUGUUGUCUGUUGAGUUUUAUUCCUCCUAAAAAUAUGUGCUUUAAAAUGAGAGCUUAUCAUUUUUGAUCGUUCUAGAGGAGAUCAUUUUUGAUGUUCUGCACCAAAACAUGCAUGUUGGGUUACCAGAGACUCUUAAUUGCCUCCAGGUAUUGGUGGUUAUUUCUUCACCUGUGUGAAGUUGUUCUGCCUUAUCAUUGCAAAUAUUCAAAAAACACUGCCUGUGUGCUGCCUUUGUGGCCGUAAAAUUAUUGUUUAUGCUGUUAGGUUUUAGCGCUUAUUCCAAAAUACAUUUUCUGACUAGUAGCCCCACUAUGGCUGUACAAUUUGAAGAAAAACCAUCCCGUUAAUUUUGGACUGUAAGUUGCUACUUUCUUACUACGUUUUAAACCCUGCACCUUAUAAAACGGUGCAGCUAGUUUAUGGAUUUUUCUUUGCUGACUGUUUUAAAAAAUUAAAAACAGUCACAUUGAAUAGGUGUGCUAUUGCUUGUGGUAUGAUGCCAUCUUUUGGAUGAGUUCACUCACUGAGUGUCCUUCCAUUCAGGAGUAAAAGAAGUGUUGUUCCGUCUUUUAGCGGUCCAUAGCAUUGCUACUCAUAAGGAUUCAUCUCUCCAAGCAACGAUUGUAAGUUUAACCAAGGCAUCCCAUAUGUGAUGUAUGUAGGAGUGUUUUCAUGCAUUUCUGUACGUGCUAUUGUAAUGUAAUCAAGCGAGCAGCGUUAGUAUUGGCUAAUAUGUUAAUACGUUUAUGAGUGUCUGUGUUAGUAUUAUUAACUUACAACGGCAUUAUUUUUGUAUUGUUUCAAUAGUUCCUCAGUAAAUUCACCAAAACGUCACGGUGGAGUUAAGUAUCUUUAGCUGAUUUGAGAACUAGCUUGCGCAUUAGUGGGUCCAUGACUGUGACUUCUGUUUUGUUUGAUCAGCCGCUUGACUGCCGCGUUACAGACACUGUUUGGAAACAAUUAGGUAUAUAAAUAAACAUUUACAGAAUAUUUUUGUGUAAAUAACUCAUUUCACAAUGUGUAUAUCUGCGGCUAAUAUAUUGGGAAAAUAUUUGUUUUCCCUCAAAUUAAGUGCGUGCAGUUUAUCUACCACUCCCGUCCAAAGUCAAAACCCAGUAACUCAAUUUUGGUCAAAACUGAGCUGAUAAUAAUUUUGGAGUUCCUAGGUGAUAUGCUUUACAUUAGUGUAUGCGAUAUUGUAAUUUGUUCCGUAAGUAAGCUGUUACGCGCAUGGCAGGACCUAGCAACUAUCACAUAACCGCGUAGAUACAACAGAAAACCUAGUAUCUCAAGGGACCAAUCGGAGCUUUUUUUUUUCAGUCGCCUUAUUGUCUUUAAUGAGACAUUUGCACGAAUGGGGGCUGACGGUCAACCUGAUUAUGUGAUAUUAUGGCACGUGGGGAUAUUUGGAAGAUUGGCCCAGGACGUUGCAAGCAACUUCAUUAAAUGUAUUGUUCUUGAUUCUUCCCCUUGCAUACUCUUUUGGGCAGAUAACUGUGAAGGUCAAAAUAAAAACUGGACGCUGUACACGGCUCUUGCCCAAUGUGCAAACGCAGAAUGGGGCCCACUCGAGAUUGUAAUAAAAUAUCUGGAGAAAGGGCACACAUUCAUGAGAGCAGAUUCAAUCCAUGGCUCAAUCGGCAAGAAAAAGAAAGCUCAAGAAAACAUCUAUACGUUUGAUGACUUUGUAGAUCUUUGCAAGACAGCAUCAAGAUAGAUUGGUUUUCCUUUGUUUUCUCAAAAUCAGCUAGAAGUGAGUUACUAGGUUUUUCCUUUGGACGGGAGACCGGUGCACUCUAUAGUUGAGAAAAUACAGUAAUUGCGAUUUUUCUCUUCAAAUUUGAUUUUACGAUUUUCAUUUAUAUAUAUCUUUUUUUACAUAUAAAUGCAUAUAACUGGAGUGAAGAAAGAUAUGUUGCUUUUAGACUGUCAACAUAUUCUUGUCUCUGGAUGCCACACAUUAGAACGACAUGCAAUAAUUUACUUUUAGAAAUAAAAUUUCAGCAAAAACAUGUCUAAAUCUUCCCAAACAUUUUUGCUACAAUUUUUUUUAUUCAUUAAAUAUUCAUCCUGAGACAUUUCGUGGCCUUCUUGGAGACAUAGCCACUCCGACGUGUCCUGGGUCUUCUCCGUUGUCUCCUACCGGUUGGACGUGCCGUAGAAACUAUAGUGGUAGAAAAAACAUGCUGCAGCACAAACAAAUGGGGGCAAGUUUUGGGAGUUGUUGACAAGGUGGGGUGGGCAGGAUGACAUCACUAGUUAGAACAUUUAUUUUAGAAUAAUUUAAAACGUAACGGCACACAUUAAAUGUUUACAGCACAAAAAAAUGGCAGUUUUGUUUUGAUAUUUGCUUCACAUAGAUUUUAUGAUUGGUGCUUCUGGGAUAGGCUCCAGCCUCCAGCUAAGCCGCAACCUUAUGAACAAAAGUCAGCAGUUGGAAAACUGUUCAAGCAGAAUUUGUGAGCAAACACUUUUAUUGUCUUGAUUUUAAAGACCGAAUGAACUGAAGCGCAGCAAGAAUCUUUUAUGAGCUUUACAUUUUGUGUGCUUCGAAAUCUGGUUAUUGAAUGUUGCCCAUAACACACAACUUCUCAACAUUUGACAGGUUUUACAUUAAUGAGCCAAUUUGACAAAGUCUACCUGUGUUUAAAAAAAUCUGUAUUUAAGAUAUACUGUAUUUUCUUGUAUAGUGUAAAAGAUAAACGUUUUGCUAUCAAUAAAGUUUUAACAAAAGCAAA